AUGGGCAAGAAGGCCAAGGGCAUGCUGACAGAACCAACAGCCGUCUCUCCCCUGGCUCCCACUGCUCCUGGAGAAGAAGCCCAAGAGGAGCAAAUUGAGGUGGCGAAGCGCCAGACUCCAUCAGUGCUCACACCAGAGCCUGGAUAUCCUGAGCCCCCACAGCUGACAGAAUCAACAGCCAUCUCUCCCCUGGCUCCCGCUGCUCCUGGAGAAGAAGCCCAAGAGGAGCAAUUUGAGGUGGCAAAGCGCCAGACUCCAUCAGUGCUCACACCAGAGCCUGGAUAUCCUGAGCCGCUGACAGAACCAACAGCCAUCUCUCCCCAGGCUCCCGCUGCUCCUGGAGAAGAAGCCCAAGAGGAGCAAAUUGAGGUGGCGACGUACCAGACUCCAUCAGUGCUCACACCAGAGCCUGGAUAUCAUGAGCCCGUGCUUCUAGAGAAAGAGCAGGAGCAGAUUGCUUCAACAGAGAUGCCAUGCCAGACUCAGGGAGAGCUGUUCCCAGCCCGAGAGCAGGAAGAGCAGCUCAGGCAGCAGGUGGAAGAGCCACAGGAGAAUGGCCAGAAGAUCAAGGAAGAGCCGCAAGCAGAGCUGCCCGAAGCUCAGAGUGCCAUCAUGGAUGUGAAGAACAUGAACAAGGAAGACAUAGGAAGAAUUCAAGAGGAGAAUCUCGAUCAGCAGAGGGGCGAUCAACAAAACCAGGUGAGUGAAAGAGUGGCAGGCACUCCACUCAUGAAACAUCCUCUCACUUGUUUUUUAGAGAACAUGAAGGAACAGCUGAACGCAGAGCUUCAGAUAGCUGACACUAGGAUCAAGACAAGGCAGAAGAGGCUGGAGGAAGAAAUGAAAAUCAUCAGGGAGAAACUUAAUUGCUUCCCUCACUCUCUACAAAAGCAAGUGGCCAUAAAGAAAAUAGAUCUAAAAGGACUGAGGAGCAAGCAACUAACUGUUAAUGAAAUCAUGAUUAUGAAGAGAUAUAGGAGUCCCAGUGUUGUGAAUUAUUUAGACAGCUACCUUUUGGGUGAGGAACUCUGGCUAGUUAUGGAGUUCAUGGAUGGAGGCACUCUGAGCGACAUCAUCAGCAAGACUUGCCUGUCUGAAGACCACAUGGCAGCCAUCUGUCGGGAGUGCCUACAAGGACUGUAUUUUCUUCAUUCAAACCAUGUGAUCCACCGAGAUGUGAAGAGCGGCAACAUCCUUCUCAGAAGCGACGGUUCUGUCAAGCUGGCUGAUUUUGGCCUCUCUACUCAGCUCACACCUGAGCAGAGCAGACGGUGCUCGGUAGCCGGGACAACUUGGUGGCUGGCGCCUGAAAUGGUGACGCAUCAACCAUAUGGCCCCAAAGUGGACAUAUGGUCUUUUGGAAUCGUGGGCAUCGAAAUGGUAGAACAAGGACCUCCUUACUGGAACCGAAGUCCUGCCUCAGUUAAACUCCUGAUUGCCGUAAUAGGGACCCCAAGGCUGCGGCACCCCCACCGAUUCUCGCCUUGCCUGCGUGACUUCCUGAGCCACUGCCUGCAGACAGACGAGGAUCAGCGCUGGUCUGCCAAGGAGCUCCUGAAGCAUCCAUUUGUUACAACAGCCAAGCCAGCAUCCAUUUUGGUACCACUCAUCAACUCAAUCAAGAACCAGACACCAGGUCUAAGGCCACGGACAGCUGCAGUUCUGGUGCCCAACGUGGGCCCCCCCCCGCUUGGCUCGGACCCCGCGGACAAGGUCAUUGGACCUUUGGACGCCGGACUACCCCUGGUUGUAGCAGGCUCCGUUUUAGGAGCGGCGCUCCCAGGGGAUUCGGAGCUGGAACUCCUCCCACCCAAGGAGAGCUCCACGGUUGAAGACCUGCCUACCUUGGAUUUUAUUUGCAGCGCCACCGGAUUGGGCCAAGUCAUUGCCCAGGCCAUCCUGGUGCCAGAGGAGGUUCAGGACUCACAGUCAACCAAGGGGUCCUCGCCUCCAACAGUGGCCUGGGCACAGGUCGUGGGGAGGGAAAAGCCCAGGUUGACCUGUCAACUGUCCCUGGGCAAAGAUAACAAGAUAGUUUUUAGGGCGGUGGCCAUUGAGGAGCGCCCUACCUGGAAGCUGGAUUGGCAGUCUGAUGAGCCAGUACGGGUAGUGCAGUGGCCACUUAAUAAACAAAAAUUGAAGGCGCUCAACGAGCUCGUCCAGGAGCAGUUACUUAAGGGCAACCUGGUGGAGGCCAUGUCACCUUGGAACUCCCCAGUGUUUGUCAUUAAGAAGCCCAAUAAGGAUUAG